AUGGUGUUCGGACUGUUGGCGGUGCUCGCUUGGUCGACGUCCACCAUCACCCAAGCUCAAGCACCGGGGAUGCCCAUCCUCAGCACGCACACAAGCGCCUUGACAAAAGCUGCGCACUGCACCACCACUGCUUACACCGCACCAGUCAUCCAAGGUGGCCCCACAAGCACUUACUAUUCCCUUACCACCUACACAUCCCGCGUCUAUGAUUGCCAUGGCUGCGACACCGUCGUGGUCAUUCCAUAUGGUCACGUCUUCGUGGAGAUGACAUUUACCACCACUGUGACUGCGGACCUCGCGACCACUGUCACGGUCCCAAGAUGCAGUCCGACACCAGGCCCAGCGACCAUGACUGGUCUCAGUUGA